GGAACCGCAGAGCGCGACUGCGCGCGCAGACCUGCGGGUGUAGAGAGACUGAGGCCCAAGGAUGGAGCUGCCGGAUCCAGUACGCCAGCGGCUGGGAAACUUCAGCCGGACAGUGUUCCGCGACUCCAGCCGGACCGGGCCGGAGUACAAUGGGGGUCCGGGAUUCAUCUUGCUAACUCACAUUUAAUUUCUACAAGUAGUGUGCAGAAAAAUCAGCAGACUAUCAUGGCAAAGUAAUAAAGUAAUUGAAGAAUAUGAAACAUAUCCCCAGAUAAUGAGAUGAGCUCCAGUUUGGUCCUGCAGAUGUCACUUUAUUUUAACACUUACUUUUUCCCACUUUGGUGGGUGGGCUCCAUUAUGAUGCUUCAUACGAAGUAUUCGUUCUUGCCUGACUACUACAAAUUCAUUGUGAUCACUAUCAUCGUCCUCGUAACCCUCAUUGAAGCUAUCCGCCUGUACCUGGGCUACAUGGGUAACCUGCAGGAAAAGGUUCCUGAGCUGGCAGGCUUUUGGCUUUUGAGCCUUCUGCUGCAGUUGCCUUUAAUUCUUUUCUUGCUGUUGAAUGAAGGCCUAACAAAUCUGCCCUUGGAAAAAGCAAUGCAUAUCAUCUUCACUAGCUUUCUUACUUUCCAAGUUAUUUUAGCAUUUUAUACCUUGAAGAAAAUGGUCAAUCAGUUGGCAGCUCGUUUCCACCUCCAAGACUUUGACCGGCUCUCUGCAAAUAGAGGAGACUCGAGAAGAGUGAGGUCAUGUAUAGAAGAGAUUUAAUCCAGUGCCACUGAGAGAAAAUCAAAGAUUUUAGAAGACUGUGAAAGUUAGGAAGCAUCAGAGCUCUAGCAUGAGAAAAAGGACAAAGCAAGUAUUUCAAAUUGUGUGCUUUCCAGCUCUGAAAUUCCCAGGUUGAGGGCAGUGAUAAAGCUUCAUAUUACUACAUGAAAGCGGUAUAUUCACCCUAAAACCUACAUGCUAUCCACCUGAGGCUAAAUUUCUUUUUUUAUAUAUGUAGAGUUUUCCAGAUAUGUAGACAUCCGUUAUUGUGUUUUAGUGCAAUAUUUCUAGUUACAACUAUAACUAGAAGUGGAUGUAUUUCUUUCUAAAUUUGUUAUUAUCUUGGCUGUAUAUCUUACCAUGCUUCUUCAAAUACAUAGAAAUGCUAGUCCCAGGGGGUUUUAGCUCAAUCAUAGCAGAGUUGCCUAGCAUGCACAAGGCCCUGUGUUCACUCCCCAGUGCUGCUAAAACAAAAGAAAAACAAAUGCUAGUCAACAUUUUUGUGUAUUAGACUAUAUUCGUAACCAAAAAAUCAAGUUUUCAUGUCUGUUACGAUUAAAUUCUAACCCUAGGAUUUGUUAGCUAUUAUACUGAGGUAAAGAAGACAGGUGUUUUUUGUUGUUGUUGCUGUAUUUGUUUUUGGUGGGGGAGUGGUUUGAGACAGGGUCUCACUAUGUAGUCCAGGCUGGACUUGGACUCGCAGUAGCCCAGACUGGCCUCGAGCUCAUAGUGAUCUCCCUCCCUCAGCCUCCCAAGUGCUGGUGAUACAGAUGUGUGCCACCAUGCCCAGCCUUGACAGGUGGAUUAUCAGGAUACUCAGAGAAUACUUUUGUCAUAAGAAUUGUAACUUUUAUAAAACAGUGUUCAGUAUUUGUUGUGGUGAUGUGCAAAAUGUUUUCAUGAUGAAUUAUUUGUGUUAAUAAAGUAUUAGCAACAGAUUA